AUGUUUCUGCUGCUGCUUCAUCUGCUCGUGAUCUCAGGUCUUGGAGCAACAGGACAAGGUGGAAAGCUGCAAAGGAACAAGAGGAGAAUUCAGCACCUUUCCUAUCAAGAUAAAUAUUUGCUUGAAAGAGAGGGCCCUAGCAAGUUGCUGGUGCAAGAUCCCAUGGACUAUGAAGAAAUCCUAGAAGAACCAAGUUUAUUUGUAGCAGCCCCAGAGCUGGCAACAGAGAGCAGGAAGCAAGGAGAAAAAAAAUCAUCCAGAUUUAUCCUUCCAUAUGUAGAGCUUGAUGUGCACCGAGAUCUGGGAAGCAGGACUGCACCUAAAGAGACCUCCCAUUCUGAAAGCAUGAGACGCUUCCUACCUUCACACUCAGUCAACAAGAAGGAAGCUGAGCCCCCCUACAGGAAAGAUGCUAAAAAAUUCUGGGACCAUUUCAUGUUUAAAAAAAAUUCAGCUUCUGAGGAGGUUGUUCUGCCAAUCAAGACCAACGAUAUGUACCAGGAGACCUGCAGGACGCUGCCUUUUUCUCAGAGUAUUGUGCAUGAGAACUGUGAAAAGGUGGUGGUGCAGAACAACUUGUGCUUUGGGAAGUGUAGUUCCUUUCACGUCCCUGGCCCAGAAGAUCGUCUUUACACCUUUUGUUCCCACUGCUUGCCUACCAAGUUCACCAUGAAACGCUUGGAGCUGAACUGCACCAGGUCUGUCGCCGUUGUUAAGGUGAUCAUGAUUGUGGAGGAUUGCAAGUGUGAGAUUCAGAAGAUUAAAGAUUCUGAUAUAGGACCCCUACAUUCAGAAUUGCAUUCAAAUGUAUAUGAGCACAAUUAA